AUGUCGCAAACUCUCCCUCUCCGCCAAGGACCCGGCCAGACCAAGGGCUCAAAGCCCUGGAUGUACGGGUCUAAGGCGUGUGAAUGCGUCCUGAUGACACCGGACCUCCAGGCGAUCCUGUGUGGCCUAAUCAGGGGCGUGAAAGUCGAGCUCUGCCGACGCAUGCCCAAGGACCGCACUGCAUCAACUGGCUUCCGAAUCAGGCUCCCCCGCGGCGACACACUGCGCAACGAAGAGGCCGGACAUGGCAUUACAUUUGAGAUGAUUCCUGGCCCCGCGGAUAGCUACGACCUCAAGCUGGCACCAUAUGGGACCGACAAGCCGGUGUUCAUCGCCACCAUAGCGCUGAGGGCAGGCCCUUGCGCGAUUGAGGGGGGCGGCCUCCCCUUUGCGAAUGUCUGCGAUCGCGAGGACCUGCUUGGCAUGCUGGAAAACAACCAACCGCUCGCUUUCCGCCCCGAGUCCCGGCUGUCUGACAUUAUGGCCAUGGACACGUUUCAGUUUGCGGUUGUCGGCCCCCCUUGCAAGAUCGAAAGGCAGUUCGGCCUGCCUACGAAUUUCCCAAAUGGAGUCGCGGAGGUUCCGCCACCCAUGAAGUCUUUCGAUUAUGGCUUCGGGAGCGAGUUCGACUUUGACGAGGACCGCUAUGCCCAGCAGUACCACGAUCAAGAACUUCGGGGCCACCAGUUCGCGCCAGCAUACCAGCAUCCCACCGACGCAGACUUUUGCACAGCCAUCUCCCAAGUCGUCGUUCAGGACAUAUGGUGGGUUGUCGACAAGGCUGAACAUCUGGCCAAGCAGCGGCUGUCGGCGUACGCUGAUUGGUCCGUGCUUGCUGGAUGCGAAGGAGAUACAUACUACUUCGUCAUCCAAGUGCCCGAGACGUUUCAUGCCACGUACCAGCCCGCCAUUGACCGCCUCAUCAAAGAUCAGGUCGACUUGUUCCUUUUGGCGUUCGAUAUCGACGGACCCACUUCUGAGCCCGUCGCUCGAUGGGACGCCAAGCUGAUUGAGCACCCCAACACCCUCGAGCCAUUCGCGUCCGUACAAGAGAUCGACUUGGACAGGGAGAUUGUCGUUCUGGCUCACCGGCCAAAAACGGAUGGGCGGAAGCACUUCGGGACCGAGUUCCAGCCCAACUGUGUCUCGCUACAAUUCGACGAUGUGUUGCAGGAGGCCCGCCGGGCGGUCGAUGCAUGCCAGCGCACGCUUCCUAGCGCUCCCUUCUGCCCGCCAAAGCGUCCAGUCCAGGACCUGGAGCUGCUCGAGCACAAUCAGCGCGUCCAGCGAGCGCUCCUUCGCGGCUGUGGGUUCGACGAGUUUCGGGCUCGACCCGACUCUGGUGGCCGCGUCAAUGCCCUGCCUCGGUUGUCCUUCGUGCCCGGCGAUAAAAGGCUGUGGAGCUGCCUUCUCGAAGAGGUCAUCAAGGAAGACCGCGAGCGCUACGCCGCCCACCUGGCCCAAACCCCAUGCGGUCUCGUGCUGGUCUGCGCUCCCCCUGGCACCGGAAAGACCAGCAUCCUAGUCGUGUCCUCCCUCGCCAUGUGGUUUACCCAGGGCAUGAAGCUUUUCGGCUCGGGACCAUCGCACGCCGCCGUCUCCAACUUCGCCGAUCGCUUCGAUACAAUCGCGCGUCGGGUUAUCGCGAGGUACAACAAGGGCCUGGAGGAGGCCAAGCAGCAAAGCAACCUGGUCGUCGUGCGGGGCUACCACCUCCAGGAAGAGUACACUGGCUUGAUGUCACUUCUUGGCGAGCCCAGCAAGCCCAAGGUCGCCCGUCCCUCCAGGUGGGCUCUCCCGCUGACCCCCAGCUUCUACAUCCUGCUUGCGCUGGGGAGUGGGGAGGUCCGCCCGAGCACCAAGGAAGACGCUCGCCUCGUGGGCAGGAUCCAGCGGGCGAUUUUGGGCAACCCCCGUGGCGACAAUUUUGCCAAGCUCGUGCGCAAGGAGAUCACAUGGUCCGAGUAUUACGCCCUCGGCGAGGAAGUCACCCCCGACUACAGGUUCAUGUGCAAGCUUUUCGACAUCGUCGUUUCCCAGGCUGCGGCGGUGUUUACCACGCCGUCCUUGGUUCAAGUCGGCAUCCCAAAGGAUGGUGACACCAAGUACAACAGCCCCUACACGCGGUUUUGGGGAGAGUACAGCACCUGUGUGGCCAUGGACGAGGCGGCCAAUAUGCAUGUUCAUGAUCUUUUGCAGGUGUGGGGAAACACACUCCGGCCCCUUUGCUUGGCGGGCGACGACAAACAGCUCCUGCCGACAGUCAUGUCGGCCAACGAAAAGCAUGGGGAUGGCACCUAUGUGAACAGGUUCGCCAAGAACGCCAUAUCCCCCCUCGCCCGCCUUAUGGCGCACGGCCUCCCCGUCUGGCGCCAGCGGUUCCAAUUCCGCAUGGACAAGGGCAUGUUCGACUUGGCCCAGGAGCUUUUUUACGAGGAGAUUCCUCUCACCUACGCGCCGCUUUGCAACGUGGAUGCGGAGGACAGGGAACUCGGCCGUGUGUUCGAAAAAUGGGUUCGAACGCACGCGGGCUUCAAGCUGUCUCCGCCUCGACCAGGCCGCCACGCGCCAAUCUUUAUCAAUGUGGCAGGUUCGACGGUGGUUACGGACGAGAUAACCAAGUCCAAGCAGUGCCUCGACCAGUGCGUCGUCGCGCUCAGAGUCCUGGCCAAAUUCGUGCGUGCCCACGAGCGUCAAUUUGGUGACCUGGUCCGGCGCGUGGCCGUCCUCGCUCCGUACAAAGCCAACGUGGAGCUUGUAAACGAGCUUUUGCGGACUCGCUCGGAGUACGACGUCCUUAAGGGGAUGGACCGGUGCCGCACCAUUGACGGCAGCCAGGGCCACGAGGCCGACAUCGUCUUCCUCAUUUUCGGCACCAACGGGAAGACUGGUCCUGGGUUCACAUCGAACUCCAAUCGGCUCUGCGUGUCCCUCACGAGGAUGAGGUCGGUGCUUGUGCUCGUUGGCGAGAUGGAUGCGGUGGCUUCGGGGCGCAAGGACGGGAAGGUUGUGGGGGAGGAUGGCAUAUAUAGGAAGACGCGUAAGCUAGGAGACAUGUGCCAGAUGCUGAGGGAUGACGGUCGGGUGGCUACGGUUCCCGCCUCUACUAGUUAAACGCGCCAUUUUUUUCAAAAAGAAAAUUAAAAUUGAAAAUCGAAA